AUGGUCUGGGACUCUUUGAUGGGGGUGGUCCUCCACACCCUGGACUCGCCUGGAGGCUUGUUCCCCUCACCAUUGCUCUCCAUCCCUCCCAUCCGCAAAUGGGACGCGACAGAAACAGGACUAGCCCGAGCCGGCACUCCCAGUCUCCCAGCGCAACAACAAGUGCCUGGCGCUGAAGUUGAUCAAGUGGACGCGACUGAGUUUGAGCAGACCCACGAAAUUCACACGGACUUCUAUCCAGCCCUUGGGACCAUGAAACGUGCGAGAAUCGAUGCUCCGGACAAGACCCCGUCAUCGGCGGCGGUCUCGGGGGUAGCCUCCGGGCAGCAAGCUCAUUUGCCCAAGAUUUCGAGGAAGAUCCGAGCAUGCCAGGAAUGCCAGAAUCGUAAGAUUAAGUGCGGCAUUGAGCCGGGUCAGAACCAGUGUGCUCGAUGCUCUCGCCUUGGUCUACAAUGUGUCGUGAACAAGAGUCUCCAAACCUUGCUCGACAGCGAGAAUGAGUGGAAAACCAAGAUGGAGAUGCAGCUUCAGACCCUCCAGGCUUCAAUGAUGGAAGUUAGGCGGGCUUUGAGUAUGCCACAGCUCGUGCCUGUGCCACCUUUCCACCACGAAGGCGCCGGCAUGUCCCAGAGUCCCCAGAACAUGGCCGGAUCACAGAGCAGUCCCGGUACGGGGCCGUCCCCCGUUCGGCCUCCCGAUGUUACGGCAAUGACGCGGGAGAAUUCUCCGGAGGCCACGGCGCAAGACAACGGCGAAGAUCAGGCCAUUGUGAGUGCGCCCAUGGCCAGCCUCUUCGAAGUGACCAAACUGCGGAACAUCCGGAGCGACCCUGGGGCGCGGGUCCACCUCCCAUCCAGCCGGGCCCAAGAGCCAGACUUCAUUGCCCAGGGCAAGUUUAGCGUCCAGGAGGCCGAGCAGCUUUUCUCCACGUUCCGUGGGACCCUCAAUGCGUACUUGUGGGGAGGCAUUGCACUAGUCCAUGAUAACCUCACGGCCACGCGCAUGUCUUCACCUCUGCUUACGGCCGCCAUCCUUGCCGUCACUGCUCUGCACGAACAAGAUGAAGGCCGAGCUUUCGAUAUUUGCUACCCAACUUUCUUGGAGCUAGCCAGCCAGACCAUGUUCGACCGCUACCACAGUCUCGACGAUGUGAGGGGACUUUGCAUCGGCGCAUUUUGGCUUUCAGACAUCAGCUGGAAGGUGUCUGGUCUUGCGGUACGAAUCGCCACGGAGCUAAACCUUCAUCAGUUCUGCGCCAAAGCCCUCAACAAGGGACCACAACACGUCGAGAAGGCCCGGCUAUGGUACUUGCUCUACGUCUGCGACCAUCAUUUCAGUAUCGCGUACGGCAGGCCUCCAGUCAUUAACGAGGACGCUACCAUCACGCAUCAUGAGGCAUUCCUUCUGCUGCCAGGCAUCACACAAGCGGACCAUCGUCUGCACAGUCAGGUUGGUGUCUUUAUCAUUUUGAGUCGGGUCUUCCACACUUUUGGACCAGACACGUCAAGGCAAGUUGCCAGAGAUGAGUUUGAGGCACUCAAGCGAUACGAUGCCGAUCUGGGCCGAUGGAAGCUUCAAUGGGAAACUCGGUUAGUGCCGGACAAACACAUCUCAAAGUACCCUGCCAAGGGCGUUAUCCUCCACUAUCACUUUGCCCGUCUCCUUUUGUUUUCCAUCUGUCUCCGGGGUCUGAAUCCAUCGAACCCGACUGACCAAUACGCCAUGUCCGAUGAACGCCGCGACUUCAUCAAUCUCGCCAUCGCAAGCGCGUCUGCCGCAUUGGAACUGAUCUUGACAGACACCGAUAUGCGGAGAGCAGUCAUUGGCGUGCCUCUGUACCUGCUGACGACCAUCGCGUACGCCGCCAUGUUCUUGAUGAAGGUCCACGCGCAGUGGAAGCCAGCGAGGCUGGACAUACGCUACGAAGAUGUGGUCUCUCUCAUCGAGCGGGUCGUCCAAUUAUUGGAAGAAACUAACCGCUGCGCCCGUCAUGUGGCUCACUACAUCGGACGCGGCCUGAGCAACAUGCUGGACAAGUUCAAGGAACGUGGUCCCCAGGAGAGGCAAUACAUCGCCGGAGGCCAGCCCGGCCAGCCUGGUCAACCAGGCCAACAGAUUCCUCAAGUUUGGAAUGAAGGGGAGAUGGGCCAAGACUGGAACCAAUGGAUGUUCAGCGGAGAGAUGAUGAAUAAUUUUGGGAUGGGGCCGGAGCAAUAUCCGCUCAACAUGCUAGACUUCGUUCGUGAUGUUCAUCUCAAGCUUCACAUGGUUGAAGGCGGGGAAAGCUCAUACGGGGCGAAGCCCGAUGCCAAUCGGAGGGAUCGCCGCAAGAUAUGGAUCCAGAUCCGGCCCUCGACGCAUGCAGCCCAAUCACGCCUCGUCUGGUCCAACAGCAAUAGUUCAUUGUCUGAUUUCCAGCACAACGAUGAACGAUUCGUCCGUGACAGGCGGCCCCCCUUUAGUUCCCCUUUAGUUCGUUCCCCAGUUUGUGGUCUACCCCGUGGGGGAGGAGAGCAGAGCAAGAACGGAGUACCCCGGGCAGAGACACGACGCACUAGACACGAGUCGCGUUUUGUGAACAUUAUAUAUCAGACGUCGCUGUUAAUUGCUACCGUGUUUGGAUGGAAAGAAGGUUUCAUCCCUCACAGCCUCAUCGUCUCCAGAUCUCCGGAUCUUUCAAUUCUCCCUCUUAAUAACCACCCCAGUCGCAUCUUCCAGUCGAUGUGGGAGAGAGAGCAUUCGCCACUUUCAGCCGCUCCGAGUCAGGUCGAGGGGAUCGCAAUCAUGAGUUUCGAGAACGGUCGCAAGCAAUCUCUCGAGAUGAAGGAAGACAAGAACGCGCCCGUCGUCAGCGAGGCGGAUGCGGAACUCGCUGAGGCACUGAGGAACUAUGUGCCCGGCACACAGGAGGAGAAGCAGCUCGUCAGGAAGAUUGACCUUUACCUGAUGCCCAUGCUCUGGAUCAUGUAUAUCCUCAACUACGUCGACCGCACAAACAUCGGAAACGCAAAGAUCGCGGGAAUGCAAAAGGACCUCUCACUCACCGACGAUGGAUACGCCUGGGUCCUCUCGAUUUUCUUCUUCGGCUACCUCAUCUGCGAGGUCCCCUCCAACAUGAUCCUCAGCCGCAGCCGGCCCUCCAUCUUCCUCCCCGGUAUCAUGCUCGUCUGGGGCGCCCUCAGCGCGCUCAUGUCCAUCUCAAAGACCUACGGCGCCCUCCUCGGCUUCCGCUUCGUCCUGGGCUGCAUCGAGGCCGGCUUCUUCCCCGGCGUGCUCUUCCUCCUGUCGUGCUGGUACACCCGCGCCGAGCUCGGCAAGCGCUUCGCCAUCUUCUACACCGCCGCCGUCCUCUCGGGCGCCUUUGGUGGUCUCCUCGCCGGCGCCAUCACCGCUAACCUCCACGACGCGCACGGCAUCGCCGGCUGGCGCUGGCUCUUCAUCGUAGAGGGCGUCGCGACCGUUGGAGUCGCGCUCAUCGCCUUCUUCGUGCUGCUCGACUACCCCGCCACCGCGAAGCAGCUUACCCCUGCACAGCGCCAGCUUGCGAGCAUCCGCAUUAUCGCCGACGGCAUCGCCUCGGGCGGGCAGACCAAAGCGCGUCUGUCACACUGGAAGGCCUUUGUCGCGGCCGUGUCGGACCCGCGAACCUACAUGUUCAUUGUGCUCUUCAUGCUCGACGUCGGCGCGGGCACGAUCUCGUACUUUAUCCCUACCAUCACGCUUACCCUUGGCUACGAUACCGUCAAGGCGCAGUAUAUGACGGUGCCCAUCUACGCCGUCGCCUCGGUGUGCCUCAACAUUGUCGCGUGGAGCUCCGAUAAGCACCAGGAGCGGCGGUGGCACGUCGCUGCGCCGCUGGGCUUGGGCUUCGCAUGCGCUGUCGUGUGUGCUGCCGUGCAGACGCCGAUUGUGCGGUACGUCAUGGUUUGCUUCCUGGCGGCGGGUAUCUGGUCUGCGCUGCCGCUCGUCUUGUCCUGGACGAGUGGUGUUAUUAGCUUGCCGGCUGAGAAGCGUGCUAUUGUGUUGGCCAUGGUGAAUGCGUUUGGUAACUUCUCGAGUGUGUAUGGAAGCCGUAUCUGGCCGAGCAAGGAUUCGCCGGCGUAUCACACCGGUUUUGGUGUUACGGCUGGGUUCUUGGGUGCGGGUAUGAUUAUUGCGAUUUUGAUUCCUAUUCUUGUCAAGAUGGUGAACUGGCAAGGUACCAAGGCGGAAAGAGAGGUUCUAGCCGAGAACGAGUUGGAGCAGUGA